GCUAUGCCCCCCAUUUGGAAUACCAUAGUGGAUAGUUCUACCCCUUUAAUUGUCCUCUUCACUGGGUCAGAGCCACAGUUCAGCUGAAUGCUUAAGGAAGAUUUAAGUGUGAUAACACGUAGCCCAAAUCUUGAAGGGAAAAAAAAAGAAAAUCGCCCAGGAAAAACAAAAAAACUCGACAAAAUUAAAACUGCACUUAAUAACUCGCUUUAAAAACUCACCAGGCAACGCUGCGUGCAAUUCCUGUGAGGUGAAAAAGACAAGCGUCGCGAGGGCCGAGGAGGGCGUGACGCGCAGCCAGAGAAGGCUCGCAGGCAAGCGGGCAAACGAGGCAACGACGAGCGGGCUAUGCGUCGGCCCAAGCCUGACGUCAAGAAGAAGAAAAGCCAUAAAAUUGUCAAAAGGUAGACCGGUCGGGGGGCGACGGCAAGACACUCAAAAGUCCUCUUUGUUGAGGAUGUGAACAAAGGAAGCAGCUUCACUCUAAAGGAAGAUGCUCUCAAAGGAGAUGUGCGGGCGAGAAGCCCGGCGGGGUGGCGUGCAGGUCCGCAGCGAGAAGCGCAAGGCGGCUGGUGGCUAUUUGAGAGGGCGCAAGCAUCCUCAUCCUCACGGAAGACUCCAGAGGCCCACCAGCAGCACGACUUUACUGCGCCUCCGGCCCAUCAAUGUCCAAGGUAAUCGAGCUCGGGGCAUGCGCGCCCCCAAGAACACCAACCAGUUCCUCAUGCACGAGAAGUACCAGAUGAUGCAUAUGCGCUCCGAUUCCAUGGGCAGCGACACCGGGGGAAGCUGCUCCGAUAGCGAAUCGGAGCUUACUGACAUGGACUCGUACCUGGGCGCCCUGGAGAACGCCAGGGGAGCCCUGCCAGACGGCCUGGAGCGAGAACCAGAACCGAAACCGCCAAGUGGGAUGCGGCAGGACCAGGUGGUCCAACACGAGGACAGCAUGCAGUACUUCCCGUCCGAGGAUGACCUCCUGCAGAGCCACAACUUUAUGCAGCGGGACUUUGCACAGUUCUGUGACUUUCUGACAUCAUAAACAGGCAGGUUUGUGCCUAUGUCAUCAUGAGGUGUCAACAAGAAGUGUCUUUUGUACAGUACAUUGAAUUUCCCUUGAGGGAAUCACAAUGAGUAUAAUAAAUUCU